AUGUUUGCUGCACGAUUUUUUGCCUAUCGAUUUGCUAGGCUUUAUGCUACAGAAAGAGCAUUACAGAAUCACGUCGAACAAUUGAUAGUCCAUCGACCUUCGUCAUUCCGUUUUCAUAUCGUUAUCAGCCAAGAUGGAGAUUUAUCUCGAAUGUCGGAAGUUAUUCAAGACUUCACCCUAUCCAACGACUUUCAUCGUGCGAAUGGAAAACGUUAUUCAGCAAUUGCGUCUCAUUAUAAAUGGGCUCUCGACCAAAUGUUUUACCAUUUCAAUUAUACACAUGUGUUAAUAACAGAAGAGGAUCUGGACAUUGGAUUAGAUUUCUUCUCAUACUUCGAAUGGGGUCGGAAGAUUUUGGACGCUUAUCCCGAAGUUUGGUGUAUUUCCGCGUGGAAUGACAAUGGCCUUGAAGAUCGUAUUGACGAAAAUUCGCCAGAGAAAGUCUAUCGUUCGGAUUUCUUUCCGGGACUCGGCUGGAUGCUCAAGAAAAACGUUUGGGAUGAGCUUUCGCCAAUAUUUGCUAAAAUAUAUUGGGAUGAUUGGAUGAGAACGCCAGAAGUUCGCAAAAAUCGGGUGUGUAUUCGCCCAGAAAUCAGCCGAACAGCCCAUAAUAUGCAUUUGGCUGGGAGAGGAACAAGCGGAAAGCUGUUCAAAGAUUUUUUGAGUAAUAUUAAACAGUCUCAAACAUUUGUCGAUUUUUCCAAAAUACCGAUUGACGUUGUUGAGAAGUCGAAAUAUGACGCAGCACUUAUCAAAGAAAUCAAGAAUGCUACCCUGAUAACGUCCGACAAUAUCAUGAAUAUGAUAUCUGAAAAGGGCAUUUAUAAGAUUCCUUACUAUAGCACACGUGAAUGGUUCACAAUAGCAACCAAGCUGAAUAUAAUGAAUGAUUAUCGGGGAACCGUCCAACGGACCGCGUAUUAUGGCGUCGUUUCAAUUUUCAUAAAUAAUAUGCGAGUUCACAUCGUACCCGGAAAGACAGCCGAGAAUCCCGAUGAUUUAACCAAAUAUGAAUACACGUUGAGAAGUCAAAAGGAGUUCACUUUCUUGGAAUUCGAGCGCGAUGUUUGCAAAAAGAAACAGUUUGAUAUACCGAUCAAAUGUGAUCCAAAUAGUGAGGAAUUCAAAUUGUAUGUAAAAGAACAUGGAUUGAAAAGAACCGUUGAUCGAUUUGGACCAAUGAUUGUUUGUUAA